CUUUUGAGUCGAUAGCAAUUGAAAAACCUAUUUAGUAUUGACAGAGAAGCCAAUGUCAGGUAAUUCAUGAAUUUCUGGAGAAAAUACUAAAAUACGAAUUUCAAAGCGGAAAAGUAUGAAAAGAAGGCAAAAAGUGCAAUGAUAAUAUUGCAUUUCCAUGUUCCCACCUAGGAAUAGGAAUUGGGAAAUCAGCAGUAAAAACAGAGCUUUCCACAUUUCUUCUUUUUACAGCGAGAUACCAAAAGACAGGAACAGUGGCGUGGCCGCGUGGGCCUUAGAUUCCAUGAGGAUGGCCUCAUAAUUUAAGAUAAUAACUGUACUGUUUUUACAUAUUAUUAUUGUACUAACAAUUGUUGAACGCUUUUCAGUUUUUGCCGAUAAUUUAUUAUUAUUUUCUGUUAAUUUUUAAGGAAAAUCUUGUCCGUUUUGCUCUGUUGUCUUGCUCUGAAUAGCCGACGAUGUUCCGAUACUAGCUACCUGCUUACACGUCUUUGGAUCAAAGGAUCAAAUCUCAGUACAAAAUAUACUUUCAUCUUUAUUUUUCUUGCAACCUUUUUUUUUUUUUUUUCCUUUUUUUCAAGAUCACACUAAUAGCUGUAAAUUGUAGCAAAGAUUUACAUAUACACUGGGAUUUUGAUUUUACUGAUUUUUGGGUGAAAGAUUAGGGGGAAUUGGACUCGUUUGUUGCUCUUGUUUUGGUUAUGGGAGUGUCGCUGUGCGUUUUUUCAAAUAUUUAUCUUAAUUAUAGGCUAAUUAGUGUUGAAACCUCAGUUUCUUUUAUGGAUUUGUAGAAAAACUUGAUUUUUUUUUUCUGGUGGGUUUGAUAAAAUUAGGUUAGUUAAAUUUCAACUUUAUUCUGUUGGUUUUCUGUUUACUGGGUGUAUGGUAUCGUAUGGUAUGUUAAAUUAUGGAAAGUAAGUUUUGGGGGAAGAGAAGUAUUUUCUAUAGUCCAGAAGUAUCUGAUUUAAAGGCUGCGGGGAAGAAGAGCAUGGAGUGGGAUUUGAAUGACUGGAAAUGGGAUGGCGAUUUGUUUACUGCCACUCCAUUACAUUCGGUGGCAGAUUGUAGGAGUGGGCUGUUGUUUCCUGUUGAACCAGAUAUUCGAGCUAAUAAUAAUGGUGCAUUGGAUGGAGGGGAUGAAAUGAUGUUGGGAAAUGAGAGAGGAAAGAGGGAAUGGGAGAAAAGGAGGAGGGUUAUUGACGUUGAAAAUGCAGAGGUGAAUGAUGAGAGUGGAUCUCUUAAUUUGAAUCUUGGAGAGCAGGUAUUUCCGAUCAAACAAGGGGGCGAGGAUGUAGAUAAAUGGGAAGUGAAGAGUGGGAAGAAGAGUAAAAUUGCUGGUGCAGUGACUAAUGGUGCUGUUUGUCAAGUAGAGGAUUGUAGAGCAGAUUUGAGCAAUGCCAAAGAGUAUCACCGUCGGCAUAAAGUGUGUGACGUGCAUUCUAAGGCCACCAAAGCUUUGGUAGGAAAUGUUAUGCAGCGAUUCUGUCAGCAAUGCAGCAGGUUUCAUGUGCUUCAAGAGUUUGAUGAAGGCAAACGGAGUUGUCGUAGACGUCUAGCAGGUCACAACAAAAGGAGGAGGAAGACACAUCCAGAGAAUGCAGCUAAUGGAGCCUCUGUAAAUGAUGAGCGGGGUAGUAAUUAUUUAUUAAUUAGUCUACUGAGGAUACUCUCCAAUAUACAAUCCAGCUCAGAUCAAACGAAGGAUCAGGAUCUGCUCCCUCAUCUUUUGAGGAAUCUAGCCAGUUUUGCUGGGCCAAUUAAUGAGAGACACACAUCUGGAUUGCCACCUACAUCUCAGGAUAUGAAGAAUGCAGGGAUAUCUGUUGCGACUGCAGAAAAGGACCCCCCUUUGGCUGUUGGGCAAUGCAUGAAAAUACAUGCGUCUGGAGUGAGAGAAAAUAGAAUGCUUACUAAUAAUGCUCAAGAUGGUGUUCUACAGAAAGAAUCUUCCGUUUUGUUGCCAUGGAAAGGAAGUAAUUCAACCGAAGCAAAUGCUUCAGAUUCGGUGGUGGGAAGGGUGAAACCAACUACCUUUGACUUAAAUAAUGUUUAUGAUGAUUCUCAAGACCAUGUGGAGAAUCUACUGGACUCUGUUGCUCCUUUAUGUUUAUAUACAGACUCUCACACAUCUAUUGCAACUCAAAAUAGUGGAAACUCAGGUUCCACAUCCACCCAUUCACCAUCUACUUCCAGUGGAGAGGCACAGAGUCGCACAGAUCGAAUUGUAUUUAAACUCUUUGGGAAAGAUCCAAGUGAAAUUCCUCUUGCCCUACGAAAACAAAUUCUUGACUGGUUAUCACACAGUCCUAGUGACAUUGAGAGCUACAUUAGACCUGGUUGCAUCAUACUGACAAUAUAUCUGCGAAUGGAUAAAUCCACUUGGGAGGAGCUUUACUGUGGUCUAAGUUCCAGUUUGAGGAGGCUUGUUGAUUCAUCUACUGAUUCAUUUUGGAGUACAGGAUGGAUUUAUACUCGAGUGAGGCAUCGUGUUGCUUUUCUAUAUAAUGGUCAGAUUGUUUUAGACACACUCUUACCACUUAAAAACCGUAGAAGAUGCAGGAUAUCAAGUAUCAAGCCAAUUGCUGUUCCUGUCUCAGAGGAUGUUCAAUUUUUCGUUAAAGGCUUCAACUUGCCUCUCUCCACUGGGAGGUUACUAUGUGCACUAGAAGGGAAGUAUCUAGUGCAGGAAAGUUGUGCUAAUGUGACAGGAGAAGCAGAUUCACUAAUUGAGCAUGAUGAGAUGCAGUCUCUUAGGUUCCCCUGCAUUAUACCCAGUUCUACAGGAAGGGGAUUUAUUGAGGUUGAGGAUCAUGGUCUUAGUAGCAGCUUCUUUCCAUUCAUUGUUGCAGAGAAGGAUGUCUGUUCUGAAAUUUGUACGCUGGAAAGAACCAUCGAGGCCUCUGAAGUUGCUAAUGGCAUCGAGGGAGAUACUGAUAAACUAGAUGCUAGAAACGAGGCUUUGGACUUUAUACAUGAAAUGGGUUGGCUUCUCCAUAAAAUUCACUUAAAGUUUAGGUUGGGUGAAACCAGUGCCAACAUGGAUCUAUUUCCUUUCAGACGGUUCAGGUGGCUCGUCGAGUUUUCUGUUGAUCAUGAUUGGUGUGCUGUAGUUAGAAGACUUUUGGGUAUUCUAUAUAGUGGUAAUGUGGAUGCGGGGCAACACAAGUCAGUUUUACUUGCAUUGAUGGAUAUUGGCCUUCUUCAUCGAGCUGUACGGAGAAAUUGUAGGUCCAUGGUAGAACUCCUAUUAAGAUACCAUCAAGAUGAAUUUCUAAAUAAAUCAGUAUCCAUACAUAAGCAACAUGAUGAGGACACCUAUAUAUUUAAGCCUGAUGCAGUGGGUCCUGGGGGAUUGACUCCUCUUCACAUAGCGGCUAGUCUGGACAGCUGUGAGAAUGUCUUAGAUGCAUUAACUGAAGAUCCUGGAUCGGUGGGAAUUGAAGCAUGGAAGGGUGCUCGAGACAGCACAGGAUUAACGCCCUAUGACUAUGCAUAUUUCCGUGGUCAUUUCACGUAUAUUCAUCUCGUUCAAAGGAAAAUCAAAACGAAAGAAGGAUCUGGACAUGUUGUUGACAUUCCAGGUACUCUCUUAGACGGUGGUAGCAUCAAGCACAAUGUGCCAAGUGAUGCAGGAAAAUCAGCAAAAUCAGCUGCUGUCUUUGAAAGCGAAAAGGGUGGGGGAAGAGCAAAUGAGACGCAUUGCAGGCAGUGUGAGCAGAAAUUGCGCUAUGGAAGGUCGCCAAGAUCAUCAUCACUGGCAAUAUACCGACCGGCGAUGCUUUCUAUGGUUGCAAUUGGGGCAGUUUGUGUAUGUGUAGCUUUGCUAUUCAAAAGCUCACCUGAAGUUCUUUAUGUGUUCCAACCCUUCAGGUGGGAACAAUUGAAGUAUGGAUCAAGCUAAACUAGUUGUUAUGUAUACAGGAUUGGUUCUCGAUGUCAGUAUGUUCUGUAGAAAUGUCUUUAGUUCCUAAUAAGUAACAAUAAUUGAAUAUGGAGCGAUCAAUUAUAAUAUGAGCUAGCUAUUGUUUUGCUUUA